AUGAAGACUACAGCACUCUUGGCCUUGGGCUUCCUCGGCACCGUACCAUCCGUAGAUGCUAUCCCUGCAUCGGUUAGUGGCAAGCAGGUUUCGCGAGCUCUGGAUAUCAGGCCUCGCGCUCUCCCAAAUGCUCCAAAUGGUUAUGCCCCAGCUCAUGUUACCUGUCCGUCAAGCCGACCUACUAUUCGGUCCGCUUCAACGCUGUCCUCUGAAGAGACAACGUGGCUUAAAUCUCGACGACAGAAGACCGAAACUGCCCUAAAGGAUUUCUUUGGCCAUGUCGAGAUUGACGAUUUCGAUGCGGUCAGCUACAUCAAGAAACACUCGGGCAACUACUCCGCCCUGCCUAAUAUUGCUAUUGGCAUAUCAGGCGGUGGUCUGGUAGCAUGCCUGAAUGGCGGUGGUACCAUCAAGGCCUUUGAUGAGCGCACAGAAGGGUCAACUGCCAAGGGCCAAUUGGGUGGUCUCCUGCAAUCAUCGACUUACUUUUCUGCCCUCAGCGGUGGCUCCUGGGCGCUCGGCUCGAUCUAUAUCAACAACUUCACGACGGUGUCAAAUCUACAAGAGAACCUCUGGAAUUUUACAAAUGAAAUUGUCCUUGGCCCUUCUACGAUGUCACCUGUCGACUUCUGGGCAACCAUAUCGGAUCAAGUCAAGAGCAAACGCGAAGCUGGAUUUUCGACUGGUGAUCCUGACUUCUGGGGCCGUAUCCAAGGCUAUCAAUUCUUCAAUGCCAGUGAUGGUGGUGUCGACUACACCUGGUCUUCAAUCGCAGAAACGCAAGCCUUCCAAGAUGGUGACAUGCCACUGCCGUUGGUAGUCAUGACUGGAAAUCAUCGUAACACAUCAACCCUCGGUACCUCGCCGAAACAAUACCCAAUCUAUGAGACUACCCCUUGGGAGUGGGGUACAUAUGAUGACAACAUCUACGGCUUUACACCUUUGGAAUAUCUUGGGACUCAGUUCAUUGAUGGUGUAGUCCCAAGCAAUGAUACUUGCGUCCGUGGCUUUGAUAAUGCGGGUUUCAUCACAGGCACUUCAAGUGACAUUUGGAAUGAAUAUGGGCAAGACCUUGUCUACUAUUUCGAGGCUGGUAUGGAAGGACUUUCAUCAAACUCCACGGAUGCGGAGUUGUUCAAAUACAUCAUUGAAGAAUUCCUCAACGCCACGAGCUCGACCAACUCGACUAUCAAUGGGCCUGCAUAUUACCCCAAUCCCUUCUACAAGUACAACACGGCCACAUCACCAGUUGCGGAUGAAGUUGACCUUGUUGUACAAGAUGGAGGCGAAACCAGCGAAAACAUCCCACUUUACCCCCUCAUCCAAAGAAAGCGCAACGUGGACGUAAUUUUCGCUGUUGAUUCUCUCGGAGGCGACAGCGACUACGACUGGCCUACCGGCUCAGCAUUGGUGGCCACCUACAACCGGACCCUGCUGAACGUGGCUAACGACACUUCUUUCCCUCCUGUCCCGGAUGUCGACACUUUCCUCAAGAACGGGCUCAAUACUCGCCCAACAUUCUUCGGCUGCAAUGCAUCCAGCCUAUCCACCCCGGCACCUUUGAUCGUUUACCUGCCCAACCACGACAUUAGCUUUGCCUCCAACUACAGCAUCCACACAGAGAAUUUCACCGAUGCCGAGCGCGAUGCCGUUAUCAUGAAUGGCUACAAUGUUGCUACUCAGGCAAAUGGUACUCUAGAUGACGAGUGGUCGACCUGCGUGGGCUGUGCGGUACUGAGUCGCUCCUUGGAUCGCACUGGUACCACCGUCCCUGAGGCGUGUACUAAGUGCUUCCAGCGUUAUUGCUGGAAUGGUACCGCUUCGAACCAAACCACGACGAAAUCUUCAUCGACUUCCGGCUCUUCGUCGGUGCAAGGAUCACUGGGUGCGGCGCUGUGGUCUGCUGUAUUGAUGAUGGGUAUGGCUGUCCUGGUGACGGCAUAA